UCCCAGGGUGAGUGACCCACGUCUCCUUGUUUUCCAGCACAUGUUAAAGGAGGACGACAUGUUUCGGGAUUUUGCCGCCCGUUCCCCCAGCGCCAGCAUCACCGACGAGGACUCCAACGUUUAAUCAUAGGACUUGAAUGAGCAUGAGGAGCCCCUCGUCUCUUCCCCACCUGAUUUCGCAAACGACUCCCAGAGGAUAUAACAAGCAGCAGACCUUACUGGGUUUAUCAUUCCACCUUCUCAGAAGUGGAAAUGGAAGGCUGGGGGGCGUGUGCCUAUUCUGAAGAUGCCAUGAAAAACGAGACACUGGUGAAUGAGAGUGUAAUAUUCUGUCCUCUAUUUAAUGUAAAAAUCUGUGAUAUAUUAUAUUUAAAGUGUUGCAUUUCAUACGAGUGUUUUACUGCCGCGUUUCACGUUCACAUUCAACAGUCCGCAGGAUUUGGGAAGUGGGAAGCAGUGGGUGAGUGAUCUUGUCAUGUCUGUGUGACAGCACUGCAGCAGUCACAGCAGGACAUUACACGCUUUCAAAGUUAGUAUGUGGACUUGCUUCAGGCGUGCAGUGUGCUCGCUAAACGCCAGCCGCACCUCCACUUGCCUCCUCUUGUCCUAUUUUAUAUAUUUUUCUAAAUAUGUGUAUAUAUUUAGUACAUAGAAAAUAGAAUUUUUAUUUUGUGACAUACGGAAGAUGGUGGAAAGCAAAUACAGUGAUCAAAACGGUCCUAUGCCAGCUGGUCCUCGGAAAGGUUGGGAUGAUCUCUCCUUCUCCACAACUGAAUUUUAAUGAUAUUAAUAUUGAUCAUCCCAACUUAAUUAGGAUAUAUGAAAUACCCCUUCUCUGAUGACACAUUCCCCCAAUUGUUGAAGAGUUAAAAAAAAGCUUCAGCUUUCACCUUGGAUCCUUUUACCUCAAAAGGAAGAACUCCAGGGACAUUUAAAUACUAUUAACUCGAAUGCAUUCAGAAGUUCCCCCCCGAAUUUGUAGAAACAAUUUCUGAAGAAACCAAAACAAAAACCUUUACAGUAUUAAGCUGCUUAUAUUCCUUCUUGCUAAAUAUAUCAUUACAUCAAAAUACUAACAAUGUACCUACAGUUAUUAAUUGUACACUUCUCAGGCUAUCAAUGAGCGGGAUUUUGUUAAGAAGCUGAAUAUUCGUCUGAACAUUUAGUCUCAGAGUUCGAUAACGCCGAGGCUGCGAAAUGAGUUUUAGAAUGGCUAUAUUGUGAUGAGAAAAUGUAGUUCAUGUUUUUCUAUCACAGAGGGGCCAGAUAGCAUUUCUAAAGGAAAUAGCUGUGGCAAAAACUUACAGUGUUUAUCAUUUUUUUAGGGGUAUUCGAAAAAUAUCCUAUUUUUUAUUCACUGCUACAAUCACUUCUCACGAUAGCCAACUUGGUAAAGACAGGUUUUCACAAAUUGGCAUGAGGAUGGGUAGUUCAGUAUGUGCCAGUGGACUUGCUUAUAAAUUAUAUUUGAAUGUCAGUGGUGUGAUCUUGCAAGCUAUUAGCAGGUUACCAAGCUUUUCAACAUGGGCUUGUAAUACCAAAUGACUGUUUAUUCCUGACUAAAAUGAUCUGAUGCUAAUAAUAGUCUUUUGCUCCCUACCAUUCACUGUUUGGUAACUGUAUUGGACUCUCAUGUAUUAGUAUUUUAUUUUAAUGUGAACAUAUGUCACCAUUUGAAAAACAAUUUCUUAUUCAAACCUGGUUAAAAAAAAUACCAGGCGACUGUUAGAUGCCAAAUAUUCUUUAUUCAGGGCAGUGUAACAUAACUGAUGAUAUGUGAUAAAGUUAAAAUUUUUUUGAUGAUAUAUAUUUUAUUUACAAAACAUUGUACACUGCUGGUAUUACCAUAUGAAAAGAAAUAAAGUCAGUUGAUAAUUGUCUCCUGUUUUUAUGGUCUGUUGCUUUAUUCAUGUUUGUUUAGAAUACCCAGUAGGCUUUAUUUCUGAUAUAUAGAACAGUGACAGAAAUGCUUUAUAAUUUGCAAACUCCCAUAAAUUUAUUAGGGGGAGGGUUAUAGCAUAAAUCAACAGGUAGAAAUUUGAGGACUCUGAGGAAUUUCUGUGGGAAAGGAAAUCGGCAGUUGGGCUGGGGGGGUAAGGAAUCAUGGCAGAGGGGUUACUAGAAAAGCCAAGGGAAACGACUUGCCAGCAAAGUCGAAGAAGUUAGUCUUAAGAAGGAGGCAUAUGGUUCUUUAAAGAACUAAAUACAAAAAAAAAAGAAAAGAAAAGAAAAAGAACUAAAUACUAUUUUUAAUUUAAAUAAAAUUUGAAAAGCAGAAACCUAUCUUGGGAGAGACUGCCAAACAUUAGAGUGACUAGCCCUAGAGAAGAACAGAUGUUUUUGGUGAGAGUUAAUCAUCUCUAAUUUAAUAAACCAACAGGAAAUCUGUAAGAAUACAACACACCUCGUUGGCAAACAGGGAGACCCAACAUGUUUGUUUAGCUGUGUGUAUAUACACUCAGCUACGCCACGUCGACAUUGAGUCGGAAAACCGGGACCGCAUGAACAGACAUGACUUUGUUGUAAAACUCUUACUCUGAAGAAGUCAUUCUGAAUGAGCUUCACAUGUUCCAUCUCUGGAAGCACUAUUGAUUGGGUGCAGAGAAAAUGGGGCAAAAACCAUCGCAACAGUUGCCUCUGACGGACAGCAAAGAAGUUUCCAGCGUCUGUGAGGUUGUCAGCGAGGCUAUAGUCCAUGCAGCUCAGAAAGUGAAGGAGUAUCUUGGAUUCGAAGAUCCUCUGAGCAAUCUGUGCCCGGCUUCCAACACUCUGAAUGAGAUCUUCUUAAUCCACUUUGUCACUUUCUGCCAAGACAAGGGAGUUGACGAGUGGCUCACCACCACCAAGAUGACCAAGCACCAAGCUGUACUGUUUGGGGCGGACUGGAUUUGGACCUUCUGGGGAUCCGAGAAGCAGAUCCGGCUUCAGCUGGCAGUGCAAACUCUGCACAUGUCUUCUCUUCCUCCCGUGGAACCUAAGCCCUGUCACCUCGCACCUCCGGAAUCCAGGGCAGAGGAGCCCUCCAGGAAGAGAAGUAGAUUUGAUAAGCUGGAAGAAUUCUGUAACUUGAUAGGAGAGGAUUGUCUGGGCCUGUUUAUCAUCUUUGGGGUGCCAGGUAAGCCCAAAGACAUCAGAGGAGUGGUCCUGGACAGCAUCAAAAGGGAGACCGUGCAGGGCCAGCUGUCAGGACGGAAGGCCGUGGCACAGUUUAUCCUGGAAACUGAAGAUUGUGUCUCCAUCAGAGAGCUGCUUGGAAACUGUCUGAGUAAGAAAGACGGGCUGAGAGAGGUGGGCAAAGUUUAUAUCAGCAUCCUCUGACCUGGAUGUGCCUAAUGAGACUGGCCUAAGGCAAAAAGGAAAAAUAUUUUAUUUUUGUUGGCAAGCUCAUCCACUUGCAUCAUGCCAGCAUGGGAUUUUUUUUUUCUACCCACUCUCCAUUGAAAGAAAAUGAUCACCUGGGUCAAAACAUGAGGACAGAGAGGAAAAAACCCUGCCCAUAUUGCAGGGAAAAUUUAUUUAUUCAAUAAUCAGAAUGGGAGGAGAGGAUAAUAAAGUCAGCCUUGAAGUUUGAUUUGCUAAAAAAAAAAUGCGUCUUUGUUUAAUAAGUCUAGAACUCGAAAGUGUAAAAUGUAUUUUUACUGCUGUGGGUGGAAGGCGGGCGGGGUAAGGUGGUGCGUGAGACCACAGAACAGGUUUAAUUACGUUGACAAUACCAGUUUCGCUUUAGGACUCCUAAGCAAAACCUCAUUCCCCCCUCUUCCUCUAAGCUCUGCCCUUACUCCCAUCUCAUCUGCAUUGGCUUUCUCUGUGCACAGACUCGUGGUAGGAUUCACUUUGGGACUUGCUGGAGUGUCCAAUUUCCCUAUGCUUUAAACACAGUGACCCCUAUAGCAAUCCCUUGUAAUGAUGAUUAACAUUUGUGUAGCAUUUGCAGUAAGUAAAGUGUAUUCACUUAUAAAAACUAUCUUUGCUUAAAAGCCUGAGUAGAAUUAUAAUAGUACUGUAAGGGAGGAAAACUAACAAGCAAAAAAUGCUUACGAAUGUAAAUGAAAGAUUCAUUCACAUGAUUGGUAAAAGCCUAUUUUAUGUUAGGCCCCGUCCUACACCCUCCCAAUUCAGCAGUAAAAAGAACAAAGUCCCUACUCUUGGGCAGUUUCUCUUUUAAUGGUGGAAGACUGACAAUAAAUAAAUAUAUGAAUCUUAAAAAAUAUAUCAGGUGUUAUGUGAAAAUAAAGCACGGAUAAAGGGAUAGAGGAUGAAGGAGGUGCUACUUUAUAUGGGGUGGUUAAGGAAGACCUCUAAGAAGGGGAUAAUUGACCAGAGAUCUGAACGAAAAGGGAGAGCAUUAGUACAGAUAAAUCUGGGAAAGAAUGUUUUAGGCUUAGAGAACUGCAAAUGUCAAGGGCCUGAAAUGAUGUGUGUGAAGCAUAGCAGAGGAAGCUGGUGUGAACAGAGCCGAAUGAGCCAGGGGAAGAGUGAUAGGAGCCGAGAUCAUAGAAAUCGUCAACAAAUAAUACAAGCAGACCAUACUCGUGAGGACUCGAUUUUCUCGUAAGUGAUCAAGGGACAGGCAUGACUUGAUCAGACUUACACUUAAAAACCACAUAUUGCAAUGAGCACUGGGUGUUUUAAGCAAACAAUGAAUCAUGGCACACUACAUCAAAAACUAAUGAUGUACUGAAUGGUGACUAACAUAAUAUUUAAAAAAAAAAAGCCAGAAAUGCCAAUAAAGGGGAAGUAUGACAGAUGACAUGAAAAAAAAAAACCCACCACCUCACUUGAUUGCUGGGUGGCAGGGAGGGAAGAGUGAAAGUAGAGCCCACGGGAGCAGCUGGGAAGCUAUUAUAACAGAGAAAUGGGUGGCCCGGAUAAAAGUGGUACAGGCGGAGGGGUGAAGAGGUCACAUCUAGGAAGGGUUGAAGGUAAAGCAUACAGCAUUUGCUGAUGAUUGGAUGAAAGGUACGAGAUAUAUCACAAUUAGAAUUCUAUAUUUCUAAACGUCUUAAAUGUUAAGGAUGCAAGGGAAGAAAUAAAGGCACACACUUUGAAUGUGCCUGGAAGGCACCCAAACACCCAAUUAGUGUUUCCUUGGCACAUAGGGACCCCUAUCUGUAGCAAUACUGUGUAGAGGAAGCUAUCAAGAAGGCAGUUAGUACAGUAAAAACAACUUCCAUCUUGAAAUCACAUGUGGGUUUGAGUUGAACUGUCUUAAUAGGAGAGUCUGGUGACUUAACUCUUGGUUUUCUUAUCUGUAAGUGGGAAUGAGUUCAACUAAUACAAAGACGAUGCUUGUGGUAACAUCUUACACACUAAGUUGUAAACUAACGAAAAUUGUGAAGACUCUCAUACAAACUGUAAAUAUUCAUGUUCUAAACAGCUGGAAGAUAUAAAUCAAAGACAUGUCCUUUUUCAUGAAAAUAAAAAUGUGAAGCUUUUGCUGAUUUAAAAAAUACUGUGUUUUUUAAAAAAAUUUUCAUUCUGCUGUAAAAAAGUACAGAAGUAUAGAAAGUUAAGCCUUCAGGAGUCUCACCUCCUCUCUCCACAUCCACUCUACAGUUUGCUGUUUACCUUACAGAACAUGUACUGCAUAUUAAGAAAAUUUUACACAAAUGGAAUCUUAUCCACAACCUGCAUUUUUAAAAACAACUAUAUGUUGUGGACAAUAUUCCAUGCUAAUAGAUUUAUAUGUUUUUUUUUUUUUAAGAUUUUAUUUAUUUGUCAAAGAGCACAAGC